AUGAUGGGCAAUCUCUCUAGUGCCACUGAAUUCUGCCUUCUAGGUUUCCGUGGGUCUCCAAAACUACACCACAUCCUUUUUGCUAUAUUCUUCUUCUUCUACUCAGUGACAUUGAUGGGAAACACAGUUAUCAUCGUGAUUGCCUGUGUUGAUAAGCGUCUGCACUCCCCGAUGUACUUCUUCCUUGGUCACCUCUCUGUCCUGGAGGUCCUGGUCACAACCAUUAUUGUCCCCGUGAUGCUCUGGGGAUUGCUGCUUCCUGGGAUGCAGACAAUGUCUUUGACUGCAUGUGUUGCCCAACUCUUCCUCUACCUUGCUGUGGGUACCACAGAGUUUUCAUUACUGGGAGUGAUGGCUGUGGACCGUUACGUGGCUGUGUGUAACCCAUUGAGGUACAACAUCAUAAUGAACAGCUUCACCUGCAACUUGGUGGUGAUUUUGUCAUGGGUAUUUGGGUUCCUUUCUGAAAUCUGGCCUGUCUAUGCCACAUUUCAGCUUACUUACUGCAAAUCAAAUGUGUUAGACCAUUUUUUCUGUGACAGAGGGCAAUUGCUCAAACUCUCCUGUGAUGACACACUUUUGACAGAAUUCAUUCUUUUUUUAAUGGCUGUUUUCAUCAUCAUCGGUUCUUUGAUCCCUACAAUUGUCUCCUACACCUACAUCAUCUCCACCAUCCUCAAGAUCCCCUCAGCCUCUGGCCGGAGGAAAGCCUUCUCUACCUGUGCCUCCCACUUCACCUUUGUUGUGAUUGGCUAUGGCAGCUGCUUGUUCCUCUAUGUGAAACCCAAGCAAACCCAGGCAGCUGAGUACAACAAGAUAAUUUCCUUGUUGAUUUCUGUGGUAACUCCUUUCCUGAACCCUUUCAUCUUCACUCUCAGGAAUGACAAGGUCAAAGAGGCCCUUCGAGAUGGUGUGAAACUCUGCUGUCAACUCCUCAAGUAUUAA